GUGGCGAAAAGAAGAAAAACCGCCCCAGCCCUUGGUAGAGUUUGUUUGAAUUUAGCGGCAGAGGCUUUCUACUCUCUCAGUUUCUCUGCCAAUCAGACUCAGUAGUUCAGUCUUUCAUUCUCACUCAUUCUUCUGAACGCAUCGUUUUAGGGUUUUGUUUCACUUCACUUCCUCUUUCAGCAGAAAUGGAAACGGAGGAGUCAUGUCGCGUGGUUCCCUUUCAGCUCCAGUUCGAUAAACCCCUCCCUUCUCAUGUUACAAUGGCGGAGUGGAAUCCCGAGAAGGACCUCCUCGCACUGGUCACCCACGACUCCAAGAUCUUGCUCCACCGUUUCAAUUGGCAGCGCCUUUGGACCAUUUCCCCGGGAAAGUCCAUAACCUCCCUCUGUUGGCGUCCUGACGGCAAAGCCAUAGCUGUUGGACUUGACGAUGGAACUUUGUCACUCCAUGAUGUUGAAAAUGGAAAGUUGUUAAGAAGCUUAAAAUCGCAUUGCUCUGCUAUUAUAUGUCUCAACUGGGAGGAGGACAAUCACCUAGUUAGGGACGACUGCGGUCACACUUCAAAAUAUGAAGAUAGAACCUCGCGUUUCUUUCCUCCUGCUCCAAAAGCUCCUCGGAUGCCUGGACUAGUAUCAGGAGAUAACGGCUUCAUGGAUGAUGGUGAAGAAUCAUUUCAGGAGUUAUCAAAUUCUUCUCUCCAGCGUUUCAACAUUCUAUGCAGUGGGGAUAAAGAUGGAAAUAUUUGUUUUAGCAUAUUUGGUAUAUUUCCUAUAUCGAAAAUUAACAUAUAUGAUCUUACUUUUCCACUUUCCCGCGAGGGUGCAGAAACUACUUACAAACUUUUAAAUGCUUCUAUACACAAGGUUGCCUUAUCAAAAGAUCUUUGUAGAUUGAUAGUCAUGUGCUCAGGAGACCUUGUUGUGGUUGGUGAUGAAUUGAAGGAUGUUCACUUGGCUGGGCACAAUGAGCAUGGCCUGCAUUGCCUAGCACUUAACACAUCUAUAUUCUGUGACAGGAAAAAUGAGCUUCAUCAAGUAGCUCAACAGGCUUCUAGCAUUGAGGAUUUGACUGAGGUUGUCCGAACAUCAUUAUCAGUCAUGUGUAGGCAAUGGUCUGAUGCGAUGCACACAUUUCAGGAGAAGUUCAGCUCUUUGUCUACUCUGAUUAUAGAUCAUGGAAUUGAUUCCUCUCCUCAAGAGGAGUUUCUGAGUCUUUUGGGUGGUGCAAGGACUAGUCCACCAGUUCAUCAAUUCCUUGUUAACACUCUUAGUGAAGUGGGUGUCAAGCGCAUUUCAAAGGUUAUCUGUGGUGCUGGCAAAGAACUCCAAAGUAUUGUCUUGGACCACCUCCAGCCUGCUGCGGAAGUCAUUGGAUUCAGAAUGGGAGAACUAAGAGGGCUUUCAAGAUGGCGUGCACGUUAUCAUGGCAUUGGCUUGGAUGAGUCACUUGUUAACAACGCAACAGAAAAGGCUGGUAUGCUACUUGUUCAAGUUGAACGAUUUAUGAGGAUUCUUUCAUCUGUCUUGCAGCAGUAUGCAAAUUUCUUCAACUGGCUCUUAAAAUGUAUAAAAUUGCUCAUGUCAGAACCAAGUGACCAGCUUCUACCAUAUAACAGCGAACUUAUUGUUAUAUUCCUGAAGUUUUUAUAUGAACAAGAUCCAGUUAAACAAUUGCUGGAAAUAUCAGAUGCAGACUAUGAUAUUGAAAUUGAUGUGGAAACAAUGCAAAGAAUUCGGGAAUUAGUUCAGUUUGGAGGAUUUUCUGACACUGAAUAUCUAAGAAGAACAUUGGCAAAAGAAUUCCAGCAGAUGGAAAUAAGCUUUAGAGAGGCUUUUGAAAUGCCUUUUAUUACGGUCUCAAGAAAAAUAUUAUGCGAGGAUUUUCUGCCGUUGUGUCCUCUUCCUUCUCUAUCAAAAGCACCUUCAUCCAUGAGAAUUCCCACUUCAGUAUCAUAUUAUGAGGAUUCCUCUAAAGCUUCUUUGUCACAUUACACCUGUCAACAGCAAUAUAUUGAUUAUGUAUCUCUCCAAGUACCCGACGAGUCUUUCUCAGAUAUUGCAAAUUGUAUAUGCAUUGUCAGAGGAUUUAUGCACGACUCACACUGUCUAAAGAACGGCUAUAGUUCUUUGGAAGCUGUGCUGUUAUAUAUUCCUGCUGAUUAUCAAUGUGUGGAUCUGUCUUUGUAUAAGGAUAGUCAAAUUGUCAUGCUGCUAAACAGAGCUACAAAGAGAUCAGAAAGCGCUGUAGAUGGCUGUAUGAUGAUUAUGCACGCAAGUGAUCUACCAUAUGUCUCUAUAUCAAGAUCUGCUUGUACAGACAACUGGACAUUGCAAGAACUGAAGGAUUCUGUGGCCCACCUGAACAUAGGGGACGAGAAAGCCCGCACCAUUCCUCAUUCCGUAGCUGCUCCCUUGGCAGUUAGUGCAUCAAGAGGCGUGGCUUGUGUAUUUGCUGCGAGAAAGCGUGCCCUGGUCUACAUUUUGGAGGAAGAUGAGGAUGAAGUCUCAGAUGCAGAAUAAUCUAAUUGAAUUCUCAUUCUCAGGAUGAAGUACAACUGUCCAAGUAUGGUUGUCAGAUCUUAAUAUAUUUAUUUAUGUAAUUUAAAUUUUUAAAAUCAUUUCUAUUUUAUAUAAAAUUAAUAGUGGAGAACCAUUAAAAUUUAAAUGAUUAUUUAGUUAACUUAUACUCAA